AUGCAUUCAGCGUGCUACUGUGGCACGACUUACGAUAAACAUGGCAAAGCGGACGAGAAAGAUUGCCAUUCUAAAUGCCCCGGCGAUCCUGUGCAGAUAUGCGGUGGGCACAGCAAAUUGUCUGUAUUUAGUCUAGCGGAAAAUGUCCCACCUUUUUCUGUAUACUGCGAAAUGUACACUGAUCCAAACUAUGGUGUAACUGUUAUUGGACGAGAAAAUCACGAUGAGAUUUUAAUUGAUGGCAGCACACCUCCCACGGACGUGACAAUUGAUUACUUAGUGGAUAACAUAGACACGAUAAAGUCCGUUGUUGAGCGUUCUGCUUACUGUGCUCAAGAAAUCACUUAUAGGUGUUCCCAUGCUCAAGUUCACUACCAAGAAACACAAUACGUAUAUUGGUUUUCGGGAGAAACGCCGCAAUACUACCUUGACGGAUUCGUAGGAGACUCGUGUAGUUGCGCCGCUGAUGGAUCGUGUGCGGGCAAUUUUGAACAUCAAUGCAACUGUGAUGCCGCUGGCUACCACGAACGAUUUGACUCUGGAUUUUUACAAAACAAAACAUAUCUGCCAGUGACGAAGGUCCAUGCUGAGGGUGCUCACGCCGAUAGUGUUGGUGGGAUAACUGUCGGAGACCUGAAAUGCUGGGAGGUGUGGCCGACAUGCGCGCAACACCAAGCUGCGACAGGAGACACAAUGGUCGGUCAGUAUGUAAUUGACCCUGAUGGUUUUGGUGGCGUCGACCCGUUCGAAGUGGAGUGCCAGUUCCCGUACACACACGUACCCGUCACCGUACCCACGAACCAAGUAAAUGCGGACAACCCCGAUCAAGAAGGGCCCGGUGCCGAGUGCUUCGAUAUAGAGUAUGACCAUUGUUCAAUCGAGCAAUUACAGGCUCUAGCGGAAGCUUCUGAAUUCUGCAUGCAGUAUGCGAAGAUGGAAUGUCGAUAUGCACCGUUUGUCAACAACGGCGGAGAUCCGUACGCUUAUUGGGUUGACGGUGAUGGCACUCAACAUUCAGGAUGGGCCGGAUCGGCUGAUGGCCCGUCUUGUGCGUGUGGUGAGACAGGAACGUGCGAAGGAGGGGAGACGAUGGCGUGCCAGUGUGACAUGAACGACGACAUUCUACGCGCAGACCACGGCCUGUUCGUGAAUAAAGACGUGUUGCCCGUUGCUCAGGUCUGUAUGGGCGUGAGCGAGGAUAACGUAGACGGCGAAGACCCUGAACGAAAACUACAGAGAUAUACAUUCGAUGAUCUCGUGUGUGGUGAUGAACAAUUCGGACUUCGUAAAGACUGUGAGGACCGCCGGCUUUUUGAUUCUGCAACUGUCAGUGAGCCGUGGAUCAUCGACCCAGACUUGGACGGACCCGUGGAACCGUUCCCGGUUUACUGUGAUAUAUUGGAAUUUCCGGGCAUUGGAGUUACCAUUGUUCACCAUCAUGAUGAAGGACCCAAUGAUUUGGGUGAUGCUGAGGGCGCUAUUACGGUCGACUAUUAUCAUGCCUCUCCAGCUCAGCUGGAGGCGCUCACCAAUAAUACACAAUACUGUACGCAAUCAAUGUGGUUCACGUGCGUAGACGCCAUCUUGGAAUUGGCUGCCCCCAACGGCUGGUACGACAGAAACGGUGUUCAUAUGGUAUACUGGGCUGGCAAUACAUACGGUGUCGGUUGCGUAAAUGGAGAAUGCCAGUGCUCUGUGCUCGAUGGACAGCAACAUACCGAUGGCGGCGUCCUACUAGACGGUGCCACUCUGCCAGUGAGCCAAGUCAUCUUCCCAGACGCUGUUAGUGGUUCGACUAGGAUUUUGGAUAUCGGGCCAUUGACUUGUUUUGGGUUAUUCCGCAAUUGUCACGAAAUACUCUUGGCUGAGGCAAACACAAACCCCAAUAACGACAACACCUAUGCCGUUGAUCCUGAUCUGGCUGGCGGGGUUGAGCCGUUCAGCGUACACUGUGAUUUCACAAGUCACGUUGGGAUUGGCAUUUCGAAGGUGUGGGAGACGAGCGAGACUGCCAUCGAUGUUUCUCCUGAGACCGAUGUACCGAUCACGUAUCUUAAUGCCGACUACGAGCAAAUGCACGAGCUGGUUGUCUCAUCGCAAUUCUGCUUCCAGGAAUUGCAGUACCAAUGCCAGGCGGCCCACUUGAUUAACGAAGAUGACCAAGAUAGGGGUUCCUACUACAAAGACUAUGCGGGGAAUAUCGUGCGUGCCUGGGCGGGCGCAGAGUCUUACAUCGAUGUGGGAUGUGCCUGUGAGUUGACCGGAUCAUGUCCACCCGGUGACACCUGCCAAUGUGACGCGAUGAGGCCAGAUACGUGGUAUGAUAGCGGGCACGUGAUUGAUAGAAGUAAACUUCCGAUAUCCGAGUUACAUUUUGGUGACGUUUUUGUUGGCGGAGAGUCGUCAGCCGAAGCCGCUGUAAAAGAAUUACAGUGCGGGCCAAUACCUUUCG